CCCUGCUCUACAGAACAGCAGCUGCUGUCCGACUCACACUUGGCGAACUAGUCACAACUGGAAACCGGAGACUGAGAGAUAAUGUCAGGUGGAGUGGAGGGAUUUGGCAGCACCACGUGGUGGGGUUUUUCUCCGGCUCUAGACCUGGCGGCAGUGGCCCCGACACCCGAAUGCAGUAAUAUUCUGGUGGUUGGUAGUGGAGACCUCAGACAUGUCCUCAUGACUCUUGCUCACUCCACGAAACCUCUCCACUUCUAUGUGGCUGAGAGUAGUCUUGAGCUGCUAGCACGACACAUGCUGUUUCUGACUCUGGCCUCGGAGCCCCUGGACCAGCUGGGACUACAAGAGCGGAGUGAGUUGUUCCUGGAACUGUACGGCAACACUCUAGUCCGCCACCAGACGUCUCAGUGGCUAUCAGAGAAAGCCAAUCGACUAAUCAGAAUGGUCACAGACCUGGACUACCAGAAGGAGACGCUUCCCAUGCUGGACCUGAGUCUUCUCAAGUUCAAGGAGAGGGACAUGUUGGAGGGAAUAUUCAAGUUUUGGAGACUUCAAGAUGCAGCCACAUUUGAUAUUUCGAAACAUUGGGAAAGUAGACUGAGACACCACCUGGGGACCAGGUAUGACAGCAGAUCUGGGGUCUUUGACUGGGACUACCAUAUGAAGCUUCAUGAAAUGGCUGAGAUAGUGUCGAGCAGAGAGUACCAGGGAUGGAGAGAAAGUGGUGUUGCUUUCCAGUUGAGAGAUGACGCUCCCUACCAGUACAGCAACAGAACCUUGGCCUCUGGCCUCAUCACCAUGAAGGGAGGAGAGAGAGUGGCCAGGAGGGGCUACUGGGGCGACAUAGUGAACAGUCCCUACCUGGCUCUGGGGCUGGAGUCCGACAACAAAGAUCUCUUCCACAAAACCAAUAGCAAACACACCAAGGGCAGUGUGGAUGUGAGUGUAUGGAACGCACAGUGGCUGCUGGGCAGACUGAGUGGAGUUGACACCUCCAGAGCUACGUGGGAGAGAAACUGCCUUCUAUCCGGGAGGUUGAUGAUGAUGAUGGUGGUGAUUGCGAGCAGACACAGAAAGGCAGACUCUUCCAAAAAGGUAUCAUUCUAUAUUACUACGAAAGUUCAAAACCGUGAUAGUGAACACCUGUAUGUUUCUAUGGAGGUUGCUGCAUUACAUUCCUGCCACUGAACUCGGUGCAAGAUCUGUCCAAGAAAGCGGGAUUCAAGGGCUUGUUUGACAUUGCUUACUUUUCUAACAGCAUGGUGCACCAUCUAACAAGUGGUGUGGAUGUCUGUUUCUCCCAACACUCUAUCAUCUUGUUGGAGACUGCCAGGUUCAUGCUAGAGUUGAAAAAGGAGCAGAAGUUAGUGUACACAAGGAAAGUCACAACCAUGGCACACAACAUUGGAUAUACCUCUGAGAUUCACAACUCUACAAAGCUUGAAGAUCUGAAUUACUUAGCUUUCUCAAGAGCCAGAACUUCUUGACUCUGACUCUCUCUCUCUUUCUCUCUACCAUGAGUUGAAAACAGUAUCAGCAUUCGGUUCACCAUUAUUAACUUUUUGGCAUAGUCCAAUACUCAUGGAAUAAUUAUGCACAA